AUACCAACAACAAAGGGUGAGAUAGAGAGAGAACUACAGCAAUCACAAAAAAAGGAAGAAGAGAACUACAAUCACAACAACAAGAUAGGGUGUUAGAGAGAGAGACCAACAACCACACAAAAAGAAAAAAGGCUGAGUGAGAGAAAGAGGAAGGGGAGGGAGAGAGAACUACAGUAACCACAACCACAACCACCACCACAACAACAACAAACGACGUUAUGAGCAAUCUCCCACCAGGUUAUAGAUUCUACCCAACAGAAGCAGAACUGGUGGAAUUCUACUUGUGUAAGAAGCUAGAGAAGAGGAGAGAGGACCUGGACCGUGUUAUUCCCGUCGUUGACAUCUUCACUCUCGACCCUUCGCAGCUCCCAAGCAUCUCGGGUGAGCUAUGCACAGGUGACAUUGAGCAAUGGUUUUUCUUCAUCCCAAUGCAAGAGAAGGAAGCCCAUGGGGGGAGACCGAACCGAAUCACGCCUUCAGGCUACUGGAAAGCAACGGGCUCUCCCGGCUAUGUCUUCUCCUCUGAUAACCGAGUCAUCGGCUUGAAGAAAACCAUGGUUUUCUAUGAAGGAAGAGCCCCCACAGGGAAGAAAACCAAAUGGAAGUUGAAUGAGUAUAAAGCCCUUCAAGAAGCUUCACCUUCAAAUGCAGUUCCAAAGAUACGACAUGGAUAUAGCUUAUGCCGAGUAUACGUUAAAUCAGAAUGCCUGCGAUCAUUUGAUCGACGACCAAUGGUCAAUAUGACAAGUGGGACAACAUCAAAUAUCGAUCAAAGCAGCAGAGAGGGUGCUAGUAGUAGCAACUUAGGUGUAAUUUCUCAUCAAAAUCCAUUGAAGGUGGAGAGAGCCGAUAGUUCGUCAUCGGGCGACCAUACUUCUCACACUCUGGCUGAAGAUUCCGUCAACGACGACUGGAAGAUGAUCGGCAAUCUCGACACUCUUUGGGAUUGGAUGGAUUGAUAGUAAGGAAAUCUACGUGGAUUUCUUGUUGUUGCGGGCAUCCAACAUUCACGUGGUGCAUGUGUGUGUCAAUCCAGGGCAUCCAAUGUGCAGGGCAACUGUGGAUGGAACAUAGCCUGAAAGUGACAGUGAUUGGAGAAUCAUAACCACCAAUUUCAAAUGGACGGUUAUGAAUAAAAUGUUCAAUGUCCAAGUUCAACGAAGUGAAACCAGAUGGUUGAGAUUGUUCCAUACUUAGGACUUUUAUGCUCUUCUCCAUCCUCAACGAGGCCAUGAUUUGAACGAUCCAGAUUUCUAACCCGUUCACGCAAGUUGAAAAUGGAUGAGACA